AUGUCUUUCAAAUAUCUCCAAAAGGCGGGAAAGUUCCUAUGUAUAGGAAGGAACUACAUGGCUCACAUUGAAGAAUUAAAGAAUAGUGUUCCGACAGAACCAUUUUUCUUUUUAAAGCCAAGCUCUGCUGUUUUGAAACCUGGAGAGGGACCAAUCCUAGUUCCUAAAGGCGUUGUUGUCCACCAUGAGGUCGAACUGGCUUGCAUCAUUGGUAAGAAGUUACAGAACUUGGAUCCUGAAACCUUUGGCCCUAAGGAUGCGCUAGAGGCAAUUGAUGGUUACGCUUUAGCAAUUGAUUUCACUGCCAGAAACAUCCAAGAUGCUGCUAAGAAGAAAGGUUUACCAUGGACCAUUGGAAAAGGUUUUGAUACUUUCCUACCAUUGUCUCCUUUCAUUUCCAAGUCUCAAAUUGAAGACCCAUACGCGGUCGAGUUGAACUUGAAGGUUAAUGAAGAGCACAGACAACACGAUUUAACUAACUUAAUGAUAUUCCCUAUCCACAAAUUCAUCAGUAAGAUGUCCAGUAUUAUGACGCUAUAUCCCGGUGAUGUGAUCUUGACAGGCACCCCUAAAGGAGUUGGUGCAGUCAAUCCAGGUGAUAAAGUUGAAGUUUGGUUGAAGCACAAGGACCAAUUGGUUGAAGAGUCCCACAUGAAAUUCGACGUGGAACAGAAGCCGGGUCCAUAUGAGUUCAAAGGCUAG